AUGAGUAUCACGCCACCUAGCAUUACGAAAAUGAUACCUGAUGAAGCUGAUCGGAAUGUCAUUCUGUGGGCAGAUCACCGUGCAGAAGAAGAAGCGCGCUUAAUCAAUUCGCAGCACCACAAAGUCCUCGAUUAUGUCGGCGGAACUAUGUCCCUCGAGAUGGAGAUGCCAAAGAUCCUCUGGCUUCGUCGCCAUUGGCCUGCAGCGAAAUUUGAUAGCGCUCAAUUCUUUGACUUGCCCGACUAUCUUACAUUCCGUGCAACUGGGUCCCGUGCACGAUCGAAUUGCAGUCUCGUGUGUAAGUGUGGUUACAUUCCUCCUGGUACUGCCGGCAGCAAAAUCGGCUGGCAACCAGACUUUCUUGAGCGCAUUGGACUCGGGUGUCUAGGCCCACACUAUGAUGCAUUGGGUGGCAUACCUGGAAAACAAGGGCUAGUUCUAACGGCUGGCAUGCCUGUAGGAGCAGGACUGUCGGAGGAGGCAGCGUCAGAACUUGGUCUCUUGCCACAUACACCUGUGUCCUCGGCACUGAUCGAUGCCUAUGCAGGCUGGGUUGGCACAGCGGCUGCCAAGUCAUUGGGUCGAGAUGAAACCACGCAUACGUCGCUACAUGAUGCGCAGUCGCGUCUCGUUGCUAUUGCUGGUACCAGCACUUGCUACUGCAUCCAGAGUGAGCAAGGUGUGCAUGUGCCGGGCGUGUGGGGACCAUACCAUCAUGCAGUUUUUCCACAUCGCUGGAUCAAUGAAGGGGGUCAAAGCAGCACAGGUCAAUUGAUCGAUGCGGUCUUACAGACACAUCCCGCCUAUGCCACAACCUUAUCGGAAGCGCAUGCGCGCCAGUGCUCUGUUUAUUCAUUAUUGGAAGAAUCACUUGAAGCCCAAAUGCAAGCAAGUGAGCUACCUGUCACAUCGCCAUCGAGCUAUGCUCUACUUGUGCGCUACAUGCAUAUGUAUCCCGACUUUUACGGCAAUCGCUCCCCGCUCGCCGAUACAUCGCUCCGUGGCAUGUUGAGUGGCCUUGAUCUUGAUCGUUCGCGUGCUGAUCUUGCACGAAAAUACCUUCUGACACUUGAGGCGAUUGCACUACAGACGCGGCAUAUUGUAGAUGAAAUGAAUCGCUCUGGUCACAAGGUCGAGACAAUAUACUUUUCGGGCGGAGGUCAGGCACGCAAUCAAAUCUAUGCACAUCUUGUUGCAGACAUUUGUGGACUUCGUGUCCAAAUGCCGACGGAGGCCUCUGCGAGUGUGACGGUCGGUUCUGCGAUCCUUGGUCAGAUGGCUGCUCUUGUCACAUUGGAGCGCUCUAAGCUCGUGCGAUCUGAGACGCCCAUAUUGUCUUCGCAAACUGACGCUGAGGCAACAGCCCAACAAUAUGCUGGAACACUGUGGAAUUUGAUGGAGGCUUCAACCAAGCCUGGUCAGUUGAUUGAACCCACGAACAACCUGUCGCUUCACAAGUUGUUUGACACAAAAUACCGAAUUUUCCUCGAAUGCAUAGAUCUUCAGAGGAGAUGGCGUACGGAAAUCGAUUCUGUGCUUGAGGGCUAA